AUGGGUAUCCCUGCUAACUUUCUUCAACCAUACCCAAAUAUGGUCCUAGGAUUAAGUGGAGCCUUGACUUCUGCCAAAGGAUUAAUCAAACUCAAAGUUGAGUCUGGAUCAGCACCUCGACAGUUGAAAACAAACUCCGAGUUCGUGGUGUUCGACACCCCCUUUCCUUAUGACGCUGUGAUGGGACAACCCCUACUCUUCAGCCUGAGAGCAGCAGUUUUCCUAUAUCACUAUUAUAUCAAGUUCCCCACACCCCAUGGUGUGGGGGAAGUCAAAGGAAACAGGGAGCUCGUUGAAAGAUGCCAAUGGAAAACCUGUGUCAGCCAUCAACGCAACUCCCCGGGGGAUCGAAGGCGGAGACCCGUAGAAGAACUAGAAAGAGUUCGAGUCUAUGCCAAGGACCAAACAAAGGAACUCAAAGUCGGGUGCGAGUUACAGCCCUCUACCCGAAGCAAGAUUGUGGCUUUUCUUAAAGAGAACCUCGAUGUCUUCGCCUGGGAUCACAGUGACGUGGAUCCUUCAACUCGACUAAAGCAGCAAAAACGACGACCUCUGAAUCUUGAAAGAUAUAAAGCACUCAACAAAGAGGUGCAAAAGCUGUUGAACAACGGUUUCCUCCGUGAAGCGAAAUACCCGAAGUGGGUCGCGAAUUCGGUCCUUGUGAAAAAACACGAUGAAGAUUGGAGGGUAUGCAUAGAUUUCACUGAUCUCAACAAAGCAUGCCCCAAAGACAACUUUCCAUUGCCGAGAAUAGAUCAAAUGGUGGACGCCACCACCAGACAAGAGCUACUCAACUUCAUGGAUGCGUAUUUCGGAUAA